CAUAAUCAAAUGAAAGUUCAACAUGGAGGAAAACGCCUGUAACCAUCACGUCAGUUUUCUGUGCAAUUUCCCCGUAUAAGUGACGAUUAACCAGGAAGUGUGGAUUGGUUUUAGAGUUGAAGUUGAGGUGAAUGAGUCCCUACGAACCAGAAAAGUUUGGUUAGCCCGGAAGUGACAUCCCCGUGAACCAGUAAAAGAUUGGUUACCCACAAACAUUGAUCUCUCCGAGCAACGAUGAUUUCACAGUAGAUCCCUUGUGAUCCCAUGUCGUGUCUGCACAGAUCCUUGUGCGCUAUAUUGUCUGUCUGGAUGAUGAAUUCAGACGACGAAUACAAAUUUAAUCCCGAGAGGAAGUAUCAGGGACUAGCUUUGGUGGUUGUGAAUUUUACAAGUGGUCCGGACAAGAGAAUAGGUUCAGAAAACGAUGUCAAGUACUUGAAGAAGACAUUCAAAAGACUAGGUUUUAAAGUUGUUCUAAAGAAAGAUGUAUCUCGCCGAAAAUUCACUGACAUUCUUUACAAAUAUUCCAAGGAUGAUCUUCUGAACGACUAUGAAAGUUUUGUGUUUGCUAUCAGUACGCAUGGGAUGGAGGUUAAAAAGGGGGAUGGAAGCAAAAGAGACAUCCCCGUGCAUCACCAUGUACAUGUAGUACAGAUGUUUGAUGGCUCGUACUUUGAUACCGGAGAGAUUCUGGAUAGGUUCAGCUCCAGGAAGUGUAAAGCACUGAGAGGAAAACCGAAGCUAUUCUUCAUUCAGGCUUGUAGGAUUCGUAUCACCGAAUUAUUGAAUCAACAAACAAACUCUGAGACAAUUGGGUUUGAUCCUGGAGCUAGUUCACACGAUCGUCAUGGAGUCCUUGGGGGGAAACAAGAUACAGUAGAUAGUCCACACGGAUUUCAUGGAAGAGAACCUGAUAGAAUUAUUACUGAGAAUAUUGAAGAUCAGGAAUCCACUGAAUUAAUAAACGAAGACGAUUCUGUGUCGGACACUGAUGUAGAUGACGACUCUGAUGUGGAGGAUGACGAAUAUUUCCCAGCAGACUCUGAUGUGGAGGAUGACGAAGAUUUCCCAGCAGUCACCAGUGAAGCUUCCCAUAAUUCCAAUUCUCCGUUAGUGCAAGAAACUGGGGAUAUGCUGGAUCUACCCAAGGAAGUUCUCCAUCAGCCUUCAAAAGAAAGAUUGGGCUUGAGAGAUGCUGUCGAUGUCCAAGGAGUGUGGUGUACCACAGUCCAGGCCUCGGUCCACAUAACAGCUGUCCCCUGUCAUGAUGACAUGCUAAUCAUGUUUGCUUCUCCACAAGGUCACUACGCCAUCAGGAGUCUCGAUGUUGGUAGCUACAUGCUGAAAUUUCUGUAUGAAUCGGUCAAAACUGUUUAUGGAGAGGGGGAAUUUUUAAACAAUCGCACCAACUUCCUGUACGUUCUAAACGAUGUUGCAGACAAGAUGUCGGAUGGUGCCUAUUUCGGAAAGGAUUACAAAAAUGUGACAUGUGUUGUACACAAACUUUCCAAAGAUAUAAUUUUCUCCCAGGGAGAAAAAAUGCAACAUUCCAAAUUUUCGAAGGUUUUGCAAAAGAUCAAAGGAGCCAUCACGGGGAACUAGGAUUCAAGUCGAUUUUCCAGUGACGUCAUUGAUUUUUUUUACGUUAGUGUACUGUAAUUGAAAUUCCUAGAGCUUUGUGUAUCUUUUGUAUAAUUAAAACCUCCAUAAUGGAGAACCGGUUUGGAAAACAAUU